AUGCGCCUCAUUUCUUUCUUGAUACUCACGGCUGAGAGCCUUGUGAGAGCGGUAGAGGCUGCCGGUGAUUCGGCCAACCAACGCCAGCCCAUCAUCAUCGACACGGAUCUCUUCAGCGACGUUGAUGAUGUCGGGGCUUUGGCAAUUGCGAAUGUCCUGCAUAACUAUGGCUUGGCCGAUCUAAGAGGCAUUGUUCUCAAUACGCCAUCUCAUUACGGAGCCUUGGCUGCAAGUGCACUCUGCACUUACUAUGGGAAUGACGUUCCGAUAGCAGCCUUUCGGCCAAUCACCAAUGACACAUUCUUUGACAGCUUCUUCUAUUUGUACGGCGAAUACGCCAGUAAGUUGGCAUAUCACUGGCCUCGAACGCUCAACUCAUCGACUUCAACCCCAACUCCCGUAGAGCUAUAUCGAACUAUCUUAAGCUCUGCCGAAGAUGAAAGCAUGCACAUCAUCUCCAUUGGGCUUCUCACCAAUCUUGCCGAUCUUCUGAAAUCCGAGGCAGAUCACAUCAGUCCCUUGUCCGGCUCGGAGCUUGCCACGACGAAAGUCGGCGAACUGAUCAUCAUGGGCGGAGAAUAUCCUUCAGGAUGGGAGUACAACUUCGGUGGCACCGAUCCUGAAAGCACGGCAUAUGUUGUUCAUCAUUGGCCGCAGAGUGUCCGCGUCACGUACUCGGGCUCAGAGCUCGGCGGGAACAUCUUUUCGGGGCAGAACCUCGUCCACCGGUUGCCUCCGGAUUCUCCAGUUCUGAGCGCUUAUCAGUGGUAUGUUGGCCGGGGAUCUACUGCUCGUCCGUCAUGGGAUCCCAUCACCACUUUAUAUGGGAUUCUGGGCCUCGAUUGGGUUUCAAAGAUUGGCAUCCGUCCAAUGCUUGAAUAUGCUAAUGACUGUGGCUAUAACACCAUUACGGGAUCUGAUGGGUCGAAUGCUUGGGUCAAUGAUACGGGGGUAACUAAUCAGCAUUGGUUGCGGCUGACUGAUGGUGCAAAUCAUAGCAUGGCUGCGUUGCUCGAUGACUUUCUCUCGUGUGAUCCGUCUUCGAAGAGCUGCUUCCUAUAUGAGGGACUCUCAGAGAAUAUGAAAGACAUGCCUAUGUUUCCAGAAAUCUAG